AUGGCUCAGAUUGAACAGCAGCCUGUUGAUGAAAAAGUCAUAGGCACUGCCUAUGGGCAGCCGACAACAGAUGAUGGCCUCAAGGAGACGGGCAGCGUCAGCGUUAUGCCUCAAAUCGAUCCUGCCAAAGAGAAGAUCCUUCUGGCCAAACUGGAUCUGAUGUUUAACCCCAUUAUCAUGCUGGUUUAUCUGUCAUGUUUUCUCGACAGGUCCAACAUUGGGAACGUCAAAGUUGCUGGAAUGCCGGAAGACAUUGGCGCCUCGGACCAACAGUUCUCGACGGCCGUGUCCAUCUUCUAUGCAACCUAUGUGACCUUUGAGACUCCUUUCGCCAUUCUCUUGAAGAAGUUGACCCCCCGACUUCUUCUCGCCAGUCUUUGCGUCGUAUGGUCUCUGACAACGAUCUUCUCGGGCUUCAUUCAGAAUGUUGGAGGACUAUACGCCAGUCGUCUGGUCCUGGGAGCGUGUGAGGCCGGCCUCUUCCCCUCGCUGACUCUCUACCUUACGAUGGUCUACAAAAGAGAUGAACAGGCCAAGCGAGUGGCAUACCUGUUUAGUUGCACUGCGCUAGCUGGCGCAUUCGGUGGCCUCCUGGCCUACGCAUUGCUCCAGAUGGAUGGUGUGGCAGGAUACGCCGGGUGGCGAUGGGUUUAUAUCAUUGAAGGCAUCUUCAGUGCUGUCAUCGCUGUGGCUGUUUGGUUCGGUCUACCAACAAAUCCCGCAGAGGCCUGGUUCUUGACUCCGGAGCAAAAAGGCUUCAUGCGGAUCCGGCAAGAACAGGCUGCUCAAUACAUGGGCAGCGAUGAAUUCAGCUGGGAAGAGGUCCGCAUCGCCUUCAAAGAUCCUAAGGUCUACCUCAGCGCCACCAUCCAGUUCUGCCAAGAUAUCCUCUUGUACGGAUUCAGCACCUUUUUACCAGCCAUCCUCAAAGGCGCAGGCUAUAACACUCUGGAGAGCAACUACCUUACGGUGCCCGUCUACAUAUUCGGCGGUCUCGCAUUCGUUAUUGCUGCGAUCAUAUCAGACCGAUUGAGACUCCGAUCUCCUUUCGUUCUUUUCGCCAAUCUCUUUGGCAUUGCCGGCUACAUCGUUCUCCUCACCGUUUCAACCGAUGGAGUGCGAUACUUUGCAACCUUCCUCUGCGCUGUGGCUGUCUACAACGGUCCAGGGCUGAAUGUCACCUGGCUCAACGUCAAUGUCGCCCCUCACUACCGCCGAGCCACGUCCAUCGGUUUCCAGCAAACCAUUGCAAACACUGCUGGCAUUGUCGCUGGCCAGAUCUACAGGAAAUCACCAUAUAAGCUGGGCCACAGUUUCUCGUUGGGCGCGCUCUGCCUGGCCCAGGUCGUGAUUGUGGGCAAGAUGUUCUAUAUCAAACAGUGGAACACCAAGAAGGACAGAAUCGCGAGAGGCGAGAUUGAAGAUACACGCAAGGUUAAGACAGGAGACAGAGAGCUGGACUUCCGGUAUCAUUUGUAA